CUUCUCGAGGUUGAGUUCGUCGAAGAGACGAAUGUUAAGUCGGAACUUACCGAAGCUAACCGAAGUGGUUCCGACCGAAUGGUAUGGGGCGUACAAUUGUCAGUUGCACGCCGGUCGUUGAAUGGAGCGGGUUUGGAGACGCGUACAAGGUGUUGGGCGUCGCAGUGCCGUAGGACGUUGCGGCUGCCCCGUGCAACCAUGUCAGUUGCACGUGGAUCAACGCGCGAAGCGUGGUGCCAGUGGAUCUCGAAGAUCUAGAGAUCCUCAAACAAUCGUAUGUGCUUGCCAAGUUCAACCGUGUCCGGUACAUCCUGUAUUAAUAAGAGUUCGUCGUACGAGACAGCAACCGAUAGGCAACUGCAACUGUCCAAACGAAUUGCAACCCUGUCCUCACGACGCACUCCGCGCUCCUGGAUCUUCGCAAAGGGUCAGAAGAUGCGAAUGCACGGAGAGACCUUGUCGACAUACGACCAAUGGUACUGUUGUCUCACAACAACAACAACAGCAGCAACGUCGAUUGGGGACUUCAUCACCUCUUGCUGGAUCGUCAAAUCAAACGAAUCAACAGCAGCAACAACAACAACAACAACAACAACAACAGCAACAGCAACAGCAAUCGAUAAAUGUGGGAACGUUGCAACAGGAGAGAACAUUGAGCUCAAUUGUCGAGCAGACUCGCACAGACGGUGGCGAGGCGCCGUGCGAGUGCGACUGCGACGAGCAAUCAAAACCUUGCUCACACGAGUCAAGGAUGAUGAUGAUAACAACAACAACAACAACAACAGCUGAUGGACGCCGUACAGCAACGGCUACUCGCGCAACCUGCGAAUGCGGAAAAAGUUCGGUAAACAUCGACGAAGAUGACGAGGAAAGCGUUGCUGGUACUCGACCAUGCUCUCAUAAACCACAAACCGAGGGCCGUAUUAAACGAGUUAAAUAUCGAGUUAGGCGUGCUGGUUGCGCGAUGGCCAGAUGCACGGCUGAGCUCGCGAUGUUGCACUUGCACUGGGAGCUCGCCUCCGAAUGUGCGCCAUGCCGGCCACGGGCAUUCACCAGGAGACUAUGCAGACGACAACAGAGUGACAACGAACUUUACAGGAGUAAUAGUUUCAAGUUUGAAAGAUUCGAGAGAAGCAGAGACGAAUAUGCUACACCGUUAAAGAAACAGGUCUCAUUGUGCGACGAGUAUAGUCUACCAGUCGACUUUGUAAACAAGAAACGUCCUGCUAGUGCUGCAGCUGCAACUUCCUCGAUUCAGUGGACUUUGCCAAGUCCUACUGUCGAGAACGCAGAAGUUGAGAUCGUGGAACAGUACAGUGAUCCUAGAGAUAGCAAGAGUAAAGCUUAUAUUGAGCCAGGUGCUGAAGCAUCUUUGCCAACGCUUUACAGCAAAGUAAAUCGCAAUUAUUGUCGACCAUAUACAGAUCCAUCCGCUUCCGGGUCCUCUUGCGAAGAUGAAAUCAACGAGGAACGUUUUAUCGGGGCUAGGAAACGUAAGAACAGUUUGUACACUUCUAGCUCGCUUCGUGCGGCUUCAGUAGAAAGCGACAGACCACUUUCGACGGAUGGUGUUCUCGUUGAUUGCGUUGCGUUGGUUCACCUAGCUGAUCAAUCCUCUACGGACUCUAAUCAACCUGCUCGUCAUCCAUCACCGUAUUAUUACGGGGAUCUCUUCAAAGUACCGGAACAACCAAUAAGAUCGCAACCGAGUAAAUACAGAAAGAGUGUGAGUUUAGACGUGCCUGAGGAACGUUCAAGAACACCCGGUAUACCGAAAAGAAAUUCUCUGGCGGGUGAUGGGGGUCCCUAUUCGCCUCACCAACAGCAACAUCAGCAACAGCAACAGCAACAGCAGCAACAGCAACAGCAGCAACAGCAACAGCAACAGCAGCAGCAGCAGCAGCAACCACUCCUUCAUCAUCACCAUCAUCACUACCAUCAUCAUCAUCAUCAUCAAACAGCACCGCGAAAGUUACGACGAACCAGAAGAAUAGAUCCACAACCAAUACUCGUGGAGGACGAGGACGACGUGGAGGGGGAGGACGAGGAAGAGGAGGAGGAGGAGGAGGAGGAAGUGGUGGUGGUUGGUUUGGAGGAAGACGAGGAAGAGAUGGCGAGACAACGUCACCUCUACGAAACCGCUUUCGAUUGCAAGGUCAAUCGUUCCGACGACGAUCUCGACGAUCUCGAUCGAGUUACCAAUCAUCCGGUAUUGCAUUCUCAAAUAAGAAGCAGUAGCGCGUUGGCUACGAGUCGAACGAGUUCGUCGACGGAUACGUCGAAGCAGCAACAGCAGCAACAACAGCAGCAACAACAACAACAGCAGCAACAACAACAACAGCAGCAGCAGCAACAGCAGCAGCAACAACAGCAACAAAUUCCUUAUGCUGGUCAAUCGCAUUCAAGCAAGGACCACCGACGCAAAGUCGUACUUCUCCGCCCAAAACCAAUUCCGAGCCGUCUUCAACAACAACAGCAACAACAACAGCAGCAACAACAACAGCCGCAACAACAACAACAGCAACAAUCAGACAAUAUUUCGACUCUGUUCCAGGAUAUCGAAUCCCUCCAGAUAAAUUCGAGCGAUGAAAAAACUGGCUCGCCCAGGCUUCCUGCGAGAGGGUAUACACCCUCACCGCCAUCAACGGCACCCCUACCCGCGAAAUUUCAUGGUAAUCGCGACCACCUAUUGCUGAAUAUACGCAGCGCACCAAAUUUGCCAUCCCAACCGGAUCAUCCACGUUUGAAGGACAUGAGACUGCCCGUGAAGUCGACCUUACGUGCCAAGGAUUCUCCGCAAAGUAGCGAGGGCAGUAUUUUGGAGAUAAAGAGCCGACCUAAGAACUUUGUUCAGGAAAACGUUGAGUCAUCUCAGGGUCGUCGUUUCGACAAGGAACUCAUUCUCGAGUUCAAGAGCAGGCCAAGAGACGAGAGACAACGUCCAAGAAGUUUGAUACGCGAGAGCAAACCCAUUAUGGAGUUCAAGGGUAGGCCUCACGAAGCUGAAAGUGACCUUGCACGUACAAGAAGAGAGGCCGGCCUUUUGGAAUUCAAAUUACGUAACAGCAGGCGUAGAGCUGGCUAUUCUAGUACAGAAAGUAUGGCUACCAGUAGUAGUGGGGGUAGUAUGGAGUCUUUGAGAAGCAGUACCAGCGAAGGUAAUCGAUCGACGAGUAGCUCUGAAAGUCGCCACAGUACCAGUCUCAGUUCACAUAGCUCCGACAGUGGUGGUACAAAUUGUUAUCAUCAUCAUCAUCAUCAUCAUCAGCAACCGUCUUUAACGGGCUUCCUGACACAUCAUGCCAAUAAACUUCACAUAUUGUCGCCAAUUUCGGACAAGUCAUCCCAGGAACCGGCCUCGGAGACCUCGGACAACAAUCGUAAUAAUAAUUCUCAAAAAGCAUCACCCGAGGAAAGCAUCACCACGGAAAAUAAUGUUAUGUUGACCAAUAAUACAAACACUAAUACAAAUACCAAUACGAAUGCAGCCAAUACAAAUACAAACUCCGUCACGUCUCCCAUGGACACGUCUUUUAAAAAGAGACGAACUCCUCAGAACAAGAAUCUCAUUAAUUUAGCUCUCCAAUCGUCGUCUUCCGGAGAUGCAGAAAUUCAAGGCUCCGAUAGCGGUAUUUCUAUCGAGUCUCGAGCCGGUAUUAAGUGCAAGCCUUUCGCUUUUCACUUGGUAAAACCCCAAUUGGAUAAUAUCAACAUCGUUGAUAACGAACCGGAAUUGUCAGAUUUGCCGUUUGACAUGCCAAAACUUCGUAGACGAAGAUUACUCAUGCAACAGGAUGCGACAACUUCCGGUAGCGCGACCAGUGUAGAUUUGAGAGAUUUGCCCUUUGACAUGCCAAAACUUAGAAGGAGACUUAGGUGCACUCAAAGCACCGAAUCCAGUGCUUCGCAAGCUUCUUCGAGUCUUUCAGUACGCGACGUUGAACCGCCUGGUUUGUUUGGCGGCGGUCUGGCGCGUCCAAAGAUGACUCUGAAUCUGGAAGCUAGUGGAAAUGCUUCCGGGGGUGGAGGAAACGUUGGACAACUGGCAUUAAAGAAACCUGGUGGACUUAGCCUUGGAUUACCUUUAGAAGUGAAUGUUGCGAGAGGAGCAGCUGAUCUCGUUGACGUCGAUUUACCUCUCGAAAGACAAGGAUGGUAUCAUGGUUCCAUCACGAGAAUCGAAGCCGAAGCUGUCCUACGACUUCUUCGGGAAGGAAGUUAUUUGGUGAGGAACAGCGAAUCGACCAAACAAGAUUACUCCUUGUCACUCAAGAGUGCCAGAGGUUUCAUGCACAUGCGUAUACAAAAGAACGAGGAACUGAACGCUUACAUUUUAGGCCAAUUUAGUAAACCCUUCGAAAGUAUACCAGAAAUGGUUCGUCAUUUUAGCGUUAAUCGCCUUCCAAUACGCGGUGCCGAGCAUAUGUGUCUUCUGCAUCCUGUUAUAGCUCAGCUUUUGUAGCGCAUCUAUCGUAGCGCCGUUUAAAAUAAGGCGCUGCCUUUCUCCAAACAAUUUUUGAUAAAUUCGUAGUUUACUUCUUACGAAUGAAAUAAAAUAACAAACAAACAAACAAACAAACAUACACACAGAAACACAAAUACCUCCGGCAUUUACUCGAUAAUGAAGUAAGAAGAAGAGAGAGAGAGAGAGAGAGAGAGAAAUUUAAAGAUGAAGAACAAAAAAUACCAAGAAUAAAAUGCGGUACACGUAUAUAUAAAUAUACAUACAUGUAUAUACGUACGUGUAUAUGUGUAUAUGCGGGGAUAUAUAAAGUAUAUAAAAAGGCAUUUUUUUAAUAGAUAUAAUGCAGAAACAAUUAUUUUCCAAAUCGACGAAAUCUUCCAAAUCUGAACGUAAAAGGGUCCGUAGGAUAUCGUUUUGUAUUCUUCCAUGAAAUAAAAAUAAAGAAAAACGGAUAAAUAUUGACAUUUCCGUAAAAUAAGAAUUGAUAAAUUUAUGAUGUGCGACGUUUAUAAAAUUUGAUAAAGAAAUGGAGGUAAAUAUAAUAUAUAUAUAUAUAUAUAUGUGGGAUCGUCGAGCUAGACAAUAAAUCGACUCGAUUUGAAUGGAACGUUAAAUGAAAACUGUGUGAUGGUAAUACGAUUAAAACAGUACAAAGUAAUAAAUCAGCCAAGUAAUCUCUGUGAAGAAAAAAAUACUCCGUGAAAUGAAGAAAAUGAUAGUGGCGCGCAUUAACAGAAAAAGAAAAGAAGAAAAAAAAAAAAGAGAAUUAAUCGCGAACGAUUUUUUAUUUCGUUUUGUUUUUUUUUUAUACUUCCCUCGUCGUUUCUUCGAUCGUACGAAAUUACUUUCGCAGAGUUUCUCGCUCGUUGAUAAAUAGAAAAAAAACAAAGGAAAAAAAUAUUUUCAUCUUCGUCAUAUUUAUUAUAUCGAAGGAUAAUCCUUUCCGUCUUCCCGUGAGAUAAUUUAAAAAAAAAAAAAGAG